AUGAAGGAGGUAUUUGUAGGUGGAUUGGCCUACUGUGGUUUCGGAGAAUUCAUUCAGAGACCCGCUUCCAUCAAGAAAAUCAAUGUCAUCACGUGGCAGAAAGAGGCACGGUACCAAGAUCGGCUCCACUUUCCGACUCCACCGUUCCAAGAUUCAAAGACCAAGAGGUCGGAGUGUGGAAUUUGCUCCGUGGUUGGAUCACUAAGAAAUGUCCGAACAAUAACCCUAAAAUCAAGGUAG